AUGAGGGCUUUUGGGCUGCGGGACAGAAAAGCCCUCAGACCGUCAAUUACUUUGACGGCUAGCCCUUCGGGCUCUCUCAAUCUAAGCCAACAGUCACAAUCUCCUCUUCCCUUCGCAAGCCAACGUUCGAGCGGUCUGGGUGCGUUUGCCGCACCCCCAAGGCGCGUAUCCAAAAGGAUCAGCGCCUCGGAUUUCAUGUUUCAGUCUCCCUCAACUUCGCAAGAAAUUGGGCUGUCUCAAAACACCCCUGAGGAUCAGUUGGCGUCUGAAUUGGGCAGCGUAACAGGUUUGGACAUGCACGAAGACGUUUCCCCGCCUAGUGGCUUCGAUGAACCCGACCUGCCACCAACACCGACUCAAUUAGGCUUGGAGCCACCCCCUGGACGACCAAAAGGGCUAUUGAGCAGCAGUCCCAGUAUGCAGCAUGGAAAGUGGGGGAAAAGACGAGCGACUGGGGACCUGGAAACCAGCCCCUCGAAGCUCAGAACGGUAGAUUAUGGCAGUGAGCUGGAGAACUUCGCUGUCACGACAACUGAUGUCCUAUUCCCUCAAUCUGUCGUCAAGAAGAGAAAGCUCAAGAGAGAAGUCUCAAUUGAAUUGGAGUCUCUCAAACAAGACAUUGCCAAAAUCGAGGGGCUGUGCGACAAACUUAAACAAAAUGGAGAGGAAAUCGAGCCCUAUCUAGACAAUAUAAGUUCCCUGUUGAUAUCAACGGACCCGUCUCAAGCCAAUCCCGACACUCAUCACACCACAAUCUCAUCCUUUAUAUCAACACUACUGCCCUUCUCAACAAAACGGCCGUCAAAGCCACGUCAGACCUCACCUGAUUUGAAUCCUUUUGAUCUGGGUCAGAGCGCGCAUUCGGACCCGUAUCUAACUGCUCUUGCUCCCUUGAGAAUCACCGCAUCGGUUAAUAGCAUCACUAAGUCGGACUCGGGCACUUUUCUGGAGAGACAUCAGAUAACGCUCUCGGCGUCCAGCCCCUUCCCAUCAAACUUCUACAAAGCACGGGUUUCUUACGAGACAAACCCAGAAACGCAGUCGGUCAUAUCUCUUGCAGCAUCUGUCGAGGGAACGGGCCUGGCUUAUCUCCAACAAUGGAUCAAUAAACGACUAGAAAGCCCGCUUGGGAGACUAGAUGUCUCGGGACUCUGCUGGGGUAUCAACCGCUACUGGGAAGCUCUACUAUCGCGUGCUCAGUUCUGGGCUCAAAUGGAAGCCCAGCAUUCAACGCUAAUACCUGGCCGAAGCAAAUCGAGCGACUCGGUGGAUAAUGAAUUCAUUAACAGAGAGAUACUUACAACGUCCGAUAUCCGACGAAUCCUUCCACACCUCGAACGCACUUCAAUGCCGUUUGAGUCAAAGCAGAACGCCCUUGGAGCCUUAUUGUCAUGCGAAAUCACCAUCAACGACUGGACCGGAGAGCCGGAGUUAACGCCUACGAUAUGCGCGUCAACAUUUGGAUUCGACAGCAGCUCUAAUGAAAAAGUGGAACAAGAAUCGAAGAAGUUGUUCCAAGCGGUUUUGACAGAAAACACGAAGCAGCAGUCAAGAACUGCCGGCGGUUCUGAUCCGCAGGCUAUUGUCACAGCUACGCACUGUGUACUAGAUGCUCUAUUUGGGGCGCAGAACGGAAAACAUAAGCUUUAG